AUGUCGCAAGACGGGCAGCGACAAGAUGAAAGGGCCUUUUCCGUGCGCCGACCGCGUGAGACACUCGGCGCCGUCAGCCAUAAUGUCUCUGCAAUCCCCAUGCCCGCGUCAGCGAUGAAGCGAUCCACCUCCACCUCGAACCUUCAGCAAGCGCCUCACACCACCAACCAUGUGCGCACAACAUCCGGCUCCCGAAUGUCUCUUGCCCCUGGCCGGCCAGCACAGCCCGUCUUCCACCGCUCCUCAUCCGGUGACAAUCUCGCGCAAAUGGCAUUCUCCACCGUCCAACGGACCAGCACCGCCAAUUUCUUGGGCACGGCCACCGCGAGUCGCAAGAGCUAUGCGCCCGUCUCAAGCACACCCGCUCAUGCCCUCCAACUGCAAGAUAGCACGCAAAGGCGGAGCAGUGUUUACAGCCAACGACCCUCGGCAGGCUUUGGACCGGCCACGCGUCAAUCCUUCUUCACCCAAGCGCCCCCGCCUAAGGGCGAAGUCAUUGACCCGCGGCGCGCACGAGAGUCCAGCACUCGCGCACAAAUGGCCCAAGAGCUCUUGGAAUUCUUGCUCGAGCGCAACUUCGAGAUGGAAAUGAAAUACACGCUGUCGAACAAUUGGGCCACUUCCCCCGUGCAGAAAGACUUCGAUUUCAUGUUCCAAUUCCUGUACCACUGCAUCGAUCCGUCCUACCGCUUCCAAAGGGGCAUCGCGGCCGAAGUACCGGACCUGUUGAAGCUACUGCGCUAUCCUUUUGCCGGUAGGAUUUCAAAGUCGCAACUAGGAGCGGUGGGCGGGAAUAACUGGGCGGCGUUCUUGGCGUUGCUGCACUGGAUGAUGCAACUGUCGAAGAUGAUGGAGAAUUACUCGCGCGGCGUCUACGACGAUGCCUGCAUCGAAGCCGGCUACGAUGUCAGCGCCGAUCGUAUCACCUUCCACUUCCUGUCGGACGCGUACAAGGAGUGGCUUUCGAUCGAAGAUGAUGACGAUGAUGACGAGGAGGCGAAGCGGCGGAUCGAGCCUCAUGUCCAAGCCAUGGCUGCCAAGUUCGAGCAGAGCAAUCAGGCAAAUUUGGAGCAGGCGAAGAUGCUCGAAGCCGAGGCCAAAGCGCUGCAGGACCAGAUCGAUGAGCUGGCAAAGUCCGCACCGCGGCUGGCCAAGCUAGACGAGACGAUCAAAGUGCUGGAGGAAGAUCGCGUCAAGUUCGAAAAGUAUAACCAGGACAUGGAGAGGAAGAUUGAAAAGUACUUGAACAAAGCGCAGCUGUUGCAAGAUGGAAUCGACAAGUGCGAUCAAGAGAUGAAGGAGGCAGAGGAGGAGAAGGAGGAGCUGCAGAGGAAGGUCGAUGAUCAGGGCCUGAGCGUGCAGGAUAUAGAUCGCAUGAACAAUGAGCGCGAACGAUUGCAGAAGAAUGCGGAGGCGACUGCGGUGAGGCUGGAGGAGUCCAAAGAGCGAGCAUCGAAGAAGGAAGAAGAAACCGGUGGCAAGUUGGACGAGCUGGAGUCGCUUGUGCAAAAGUACAACAGCCUGGGCUACCAGAUUGGCGUCAUUCCCAGGACGGCGCAGCACGCGCAUGGCUACGAGUACGAACUCCGCCUCACUGCCAACCCAGGACCGGACUUCACGGCCUCCCAACUCGGCGCGUCCAGCCAUCAAAUGCUUGAAAGUGACCGGCUGCUUUCCAAUCCCAACAACGGCUACCAACCUGCGCACCUGCUGCAAAAGGACCUCAAAGCGAUCAAGCAGCAUCUGCAAGACCUGCGCAAAGAAGUCUCGGAAAGGCGCAAUGCAGCGCUCGAAGAGGACAUGGCCAAGAUGGACAUGCUGGACAAGACGAAAGAGGCUCUGGAUGACAAGGCCGCCGAGAUGUCCGGUCUUCAGCAUCGCUUGCGGGCAGCACAAGAAGAGUUCGAGAAGACGAGGGAGUUGACGAGUACCCAGAAUCUGCAGAGUGAUGCACAGAUUGAGAAGAUGGAGAAGCAGCUGGGGAAGACGCGUGGGGAGCUCAGUGAGAGCGUGCAGCUGAUGGAACAGCGGGAAAUGGCCACGAAUCUCGAGUAUGAGCAGCUCACUCUGCGAUCCUCGGCAUUGCGAGAGGAACUGCACACGGAGCUCGAGAGGAUGUUGAACGACAUCAUCAAGUUCAAGAUCCAUAUCCAGUCAUCGCUGGAGGGGUAUGAAGAUUUUGUUGCGCAGGAGGUUGAGCGGGAGUGCGAAGAGCAGGAAGCUGCUGCUCCUGGCGUUGCAAUGGAUGAGUCGUGA